AUGGCUUGGACCCACCAGCUGGGGCUAAUCAUGGCCCUGGUCGGCCUGGGCCAAGCGCAGUACUGUACAAAGACGACGAUUGCCAGAGAAUCGACACUAGCCACCACGAUCCUUUUUAACUGGGGCACCACGGAGGCGACAGGAGCCACCACCCUACUUUUCGAUUGGACAUCAGCACUAUCUACAACAAGAGCCACCACCGGCGCGGAUACUGAAGCUACUGAAGCAACAACUGGUGCCGAAACCGGAGCCACGACUGGUGCGGAUACCGGUGCCACGGAAGCAACAACCGGAGCGGAAACUGGAGCCACGACCGGUGCUGAUACUGGCGCCACUGAUGCAACAACUGGAGCGGAGACUGGAGAUACUGGCGCAACAACUGGUGAGACCGAUGCUGGCACAGGUGCUACUACCGGUGGUGCGACCGGUGAAACUACCGUAGCCGAGACUGGAGGUACUGAGACUGCUACAGAACCCGCAAAUACCGCCGAAACGACGCCCGGGCCCACCGAGACUGGAGGAACUGUGACUGCCGGCACCGCCACUGGCGCACCUGAAACCGGAGGCACGGAAACUGGCGGAACAGCUACGGAAGCGACUGGCACUGCCGGAACGGAAACCGGAGCAACGGCCACUGGCACUGCUGGCGGAGAAACGGGAGGUACCGAAACUGGAGGAACCGAGACGGGAGGUACCGCCACAGCUGGAACGCCAACGGGCGGAACUGAAACCGGAGGGACGGAGACGGGCGGCACUGCUACAGCUGGCACUGCAACGGGUGGAACCGAAACUGGUGCAAUGGAAACGGCGACUGCUACAGCUGGCACCGCUACUGGCGGGACAGAAACUGGUGGUACCGCGACGGGAGGGACCGAAACCGGAGCCACGGCUACAGCUGCCUCAGCGACGGGAGGCACGGCAACUGGUGGUACCGAGACUGGAGGCACGGAGACCGGAGGCACUGUCACAGCUGGCACCGCCACGGGUGGGACAGAAACAGGUGGCACCGAGACUGGCGGAACAGCUACAGCUGCCACGGCUACUGGCGGUACCGAGACCGGCGGAACGGAAACUGGAGGAACGGUCACAGCUGGCACCGCAACUGGUGGCACCGAAACUGGAGCCACCGUCACAGCCGGAACUGAAACCGGAGCCACGGUCACUGGCACAGCUGGCACGGAGACUGGGGGCGGAACCGAAACCGGUGGCACGGCAACUGGAGCAACACCCACUGGCACGGCUGGUCCGGAAACUGGCGGCACUGGCACAGCGGCCACGGAGACGGGAGCUACUGCCGGAACCGAGACUGGUGCGACGGCUACUGGGACAGCUGGCGGCGAGACUGGGGGAACCGAAACUGGAGCUACUGGCGGCACCGAGACCGGAGGCACAGCUACCGGAGCAACACCCACUGGCACGGCUGGUACUGAGGGUACGGCCGGCACCGAGACUGAAGGCACCGCUACUGGUGGAGAUGCGACAGGUGGAACUGAAGAGACUGGAGCAACGGGAGCAACAGAACCCACCGAAGCUACCGGCGGCACCGAGACUGGGGGCACCGAGACUGGUGAAACGGCUACUGGAGCAACUGCUACAGGAGGAGCCGAGACCGGAGCUACACAACCCACGGCUGCCACCGAAACCGGAGCAGGCGGAUCGACCAACACGAUGGGAACUGUUGCCACAGACGAGACCGGUGCGACAAUGGAUACGGCAGCCACAGACUUCUCCACCGGGGAAACUGGGACUGGAAGCACGACAACCACCCCUCCGUUUGGCGGAAACUGCUCAAGCGGUGCCAUGUACGAGCCUGUCGCCUACUAUGCCGACCUCAACGCGUCACCUGGGAAAUUCGGCGGUUACUUCCUUACGGCGGAGGACUGCUCGCAGUUGUGCACGUACAACUAUGGGCUAUUGCCCUGUAUCGGGUUCGCGUUUGAACCGGGGAUGGCCAGGGGACACUGCACCAUCUAUCAGUACGACUAUCAGAUUACGAAUGCCACCAGUGUGGGUCCCGACAACAGCAAUGCUACUAUCUAUCGCAUGUGUGGCGGAUCGACGACGCUCAGCACGAUCAUCAUGACCCCCACGACGACGUCUAUCUGGAACCAGCCGACAACCACGACGACGAUCUGGAAUCAGCCAACGACGACUACAACCAUCUGGAAUCAGCCAACGACAACGACGACACAGGGAACUGGCACGCUGAACACCACGACGACCACAGUCACGGCCACAACAGCCACGUCCACUACAUUCAUUCCGAUCACUACAACCACAACAACACCUGGGGCCGGUACCACAACAACGACAGCGAGCAACCACCCGGCAAGCACCACCACCACCACUUCGCGGCCAACGACCACCACGACCUCGGGAGGGUCUGGAACGCAAUUGCCAGGAUGCUCUGGGCCUCCUUCCGACGUGCCAGGCUACGCCAUCGUCCGCGUCAAUGCCGAUAUCUCUCAGUCGCAAGGCCGCUUUGGUGGCUUCUUCAACUACGCGGAAGAUUGCUCCCAGCUUUGCACAUACGACUAUGGCAAUAUUGGAUGUGCGGGAUUCGCCUUCACACCAAAACCAAAUGGCGGUCGCGGGAAUUGUACGGUGUUCCAACAAAAAUGGCAGGUUGACGCGACAGUCGACGUGGGUCCUGGCCUGAGCAACACGACGGUCUACGCCUUCUGCCGGUCGCCAGACACCACGAUAUCCUGGACCACGACGACGACAACAACAGCGUCACCGGGCACGACAACUACAACUACGACACCGGCGCCGGCGACGACCACCACGACGACGAGCUCGAGCACCACCACCACGACAACGGCCGCUCAACAACCCACCACGACGACUACUACCACGGGAGCGCCCGGCACGACCACAACGCCGGUACCUGGAGUAUGCUCGAAGGGGUACUACCUCGCUUCACCCUCCUGGGACAGCGGCUCCGCCCCAAUGGGCAAAUUCGUCGGCGACUACGUGUUCAUCGAGUCGUGCUACCAGGCCUGCCUCAACAACUACGGGCUGUUCAAGUGUGCCGCGUUCACGUACGAGCCAGCAGCCCGAGGACGAUGCUACGUCUACCCGGCGGUACCGGAUCCUGUCGUCGAGGAUCCCGAUAGUUCUGUCCAACUAUACCCAAUGUGCUUGAAUACGACAACAACGGCGGCAGGGAGA